CAGGCACUCCAUCUCUCAUCUCAGGUUACCUUUCUUGUAGGCCCAAAGGCCCCCACACGGUGAAAUCAAAAGUGUAAAAGCAUGGUGGCUGUGGCUCCAAUGGCCUCCUUUCUUUAGAAAAUUUGAAACAAAAUGGGACCCAGAAACAGUCCACAGAAAAACUGUCUCUGACGAGCCCAAGCUGUGCCUUCCACUUUCCCAUGUGACUCUUUCACUGCCACUCUGCCGCUCCAAGUUUGCAUUUUUGCUGCUCCUCCUUCCCAAUAAACCAAACAUUCACAUACCCAAAUAACCCAAACUCUCUUUUUCUCCUCUUGGGAUAUAGAGAAAUCCCAAUGCCCUCUUCUGGUUUCUUCAACCUUGUCAUCCUUCUCUGCUCAUUGGGUGUUGCUUUGGGCGGUGACCCUUAUGUGUUCUUUGACUGGACUGUCUCUUACGUCACUGCCUCCCCACUUGGAGUUAAGCAGCAGGUUAUUGGGAUUAAUGGGGAGUUUCCAGGACCGAUUCUUAAUGUCACUACAAACUGGAAUGUUGUUAUCAAUGUGAAGAAUCACCUGGACGAGCCAUUGCUUCUCACUUGGAAUGGAAUACAACAUAGGAAAAACUCUUGGCAAGAUGGUGUAUCAGGGACUAACUGUCCAAUUCAAGCUGGAUGGAAUUGGACAUACGAAUUUCAGGUUAAAGAUCAGAUAGGGAGUUUCUUUUACUUCCCUUCUCUAAACUUCCAGAGAGCAUCAGGUGGAUAUGGCGGAAUCACCAUAAACAACCGAGCUGUUAUUCCACUACCUUUCGCUGUGCCAGAUGCAGAUAUUACCCUCUUCAUUACUGAUUGGUACACAAAGAGUCAUAAGGAACUAAGGAAAGAUGUUGAAAGUGGUACUAGCCUGGGAAUUCCGGACGGUGUGCUCAUCAAUGGAAUAGGUCCCUUUCGCUUUGAUGAGGGACUUAUUAAAGGAGGCAAUCCUUUCCUGACGGUAAAUGUUGAACAAGGAAAAACAUACCGCUUCCGUGUGCACAAUGUUGGUAUCUCAACUAGCUUGAAUUUCAGAAUACAAAAUCAUAACUUGCUUCUAGUGGAGACUGAAGGAUCAUACACAGUUCAGCAGAAUUAUGCAAAUAUGGAUAUUCAUGUCGGUCAGUCAUUUUCAUUCUUGGUUACAAUGGAUCAAAAUGCCAGCAGUGAUUACUACAUUGUUGCCAGCCCUCGUUUUGUCAAUUCAUCUUCAUGGGCUAGAGCUACUGGAGUUGCCAUCUUGCACUACUCCAAUUCUCAAGGACCUGCAUCAGGUCCUCUCCCUGAUCCUCCUAAUGAUUACGACGCAUAUUUCUCAAUGAAUCAAGCAAGAUCCAUAAGGUGGAAUGUUUCUGCUGGUGCUGCCCGUCCAAACCCACAAGGAUCUUUCAAAUAUGGUGAAAUCACUGUCACAGAUGUAUAUGUUAUCCUCAAUAGACCUGCAGAACUUAUAAAUGGGAAGUGGCGCACUACCCUCAAUGGUAUUUCAUAUUUACCACCUUCAACACCCCUUAAGCUCGCCCAGCAGUUCAACAUAUCAGGAGUUUACAAGCUUGAUUUCCCAACUAAACUGAUGAACAGGCCUGCCAAAGUUGACACAUCUCUAAUUAAUGGUACUUUCAAAGGUUUCAUGGAAAUCAUCUUUCAGAACAAUGACUCCACUGUUCAGAACUACCAUUUGGAUGGCUAUGCAUUUUUUGUUGUGGGUAUGGAUAUUGGAGUGUGGACAGAGAAUAGCAGAAGCACUUACAACAAAUGGGAUGGCGUUGCUCGCAGCACUACACAGGUCUUCCCUGGAGCUUGGACAGCCAUAUUGGUUCCUCUUGACAACUCCGGCAUUUGGAACCUUCGUGCACAGAAUCUGGAUUCAUGGUAUCUAGGCCAAGAAGUUUAUGUCAGUGUUGUUAAUACUGAGGUUGAUCAAUCCGAAGCUCCUUUGCCUGAUAAUAUCAUAUAUUGUGGACUACUUUCAUCUUUACAGAAAGACCAGGCUCAGAGAGUCAAGUUUUCUAGCGCACCAUCAAUCUCCCGUUCAAGCUCAACAAUUUUGGUUAUGUUGAUCAUAGCAUGUGGGGCUUUCAUUGGGUGAUCAAGCCGGGAGCAGCUAUAAGCAAAGCAAGCAUUGCAAUUCUUUCCACCGGACUGGCGUUUAACACGCAGUCAUGGUUUUGAGGGAAUGGUGGGAUGCAGAACAUAUGGGCUUCAUUCGUUGUGCAUGGAAAAAAAAUAAACAUAUUGAGUGAGAUGAGAGCAGGAUGUUGGGGGAUAAAACCCAUGUAACAUUAUAGUUGCAAUAUGUGCCAUGUAAUGUAAUUUUACAUUGUAAACGAUGUAUAACUGUAAUUGCAAUGUGUAUCAUUGUAUCUUAAACGCUGCAGGUCAUUUUAGAAGGUAA